GGGCGCUCCCGAGGCGGUGGAGGCGGCAGGUUGCGGCGGCGUUCCGCGCCCGGCGGCAGCCAGUUCGCGUCCGGCUUCCGGAGCCCGGCGGGCGCCCAGAACAGGGAUGCUCUCAGGACUGGCAGCCAUGGAGCUGAAGGUAUGGGUUGAUGGCAUCCAGCGCGUGGUGUGUGGGGUGUCAGAGCAAACCACCUGUCAGGAAGUGGUCAUCGCACUAGCCCAAGCGAUAGGCCAAACAGGCCGCUUUGUGCUUGUACAGCGUCUCAAAGAGAAGGAACGGCAGCUGCUACCCCAGGAGUGUCCAGUGGGUGCCCAGGCUACCUGUGGACAGUUUGCCAGCGAUGUUCAGUUUGUCCUGAGGCGGACAGGACCCAGCCUGGCUGGGAGGCCCUCCUCGGACAGCUGCCCACCCCCUGAGCGCUGCCCCAUCCGAGCCAGCCUUCCCUCAAAGCCUCGACCAGCAUUGGACCGUGAGCCCCGCAAAGCCCUGACCUUCAGCCUGGGGUGUCCUGGGCCAGCCCCCAGCCCUGUGCCACUUGAGCCUGUGGCUUCAGUGGCACCAAUGCCAGGCUGCUGCACAGACCUGCAGGGCUGGGAGCGAAGGGUGCGGAGGAAUGCAGCAGAGCUGGGCCAGGAAGCCUUCUGGGAGCAGGAGCUGCGGCGGGAGCAGGCAAGGGAGCAUGAGGGGCAGGCACGCCUGCAGGCGCUGAGCGCAGCCACAGCAGAGCACGCCGCCCGGCUGCAGGCCUUGGAUGCCCAGGCCCGCGCCCUGGAAGCCGAGAUACAGCUGGCCACAGAAGCCCCUGGGCCCACCUCACCCACAGCCUCUGCCACAGAACGCCUGCGCCAGGACCUAGCUGCCCAGGAGCGGCAGAGUGUGGAGGUGCAGGGCAGCCUCUCCCUGGUGGGCAGGGCCCUGGAGGCUGCUGAGCACGCCCUGAAGGCCCAGGCCCAGGAGCUGGAGGAGCUGAACCGGGAGCUGCGCCAGUGUAACCUGCAGCAGUUCAUCCAGCAGACCGGGGCUGCGCUGCCACCACCCCCACGGCCAGACAGGGCCCCCCCCAGCGCGCAGGACCUUCUGCCUCCGGCCAGAGAAGAGCCCCUCCCGGGAGCCCCCCAGAGCCCCGCCCUGGUGUCCAGCCUGAGCCCAGAGAUUGCCCCCAUGAGGCAGAACUCCUGGAGGUAGCAGGUCUUGCCCAAGAGUGGACAUCCGCUGCCAGCCCAGCCCUGGGCUUUGACGACACGAGCAAGGCCAGCGCAGGCUGGUCCAGCCUGGAUGACAGGAGAGCCGGUGGUCACGGAGGACUCCCCCGCCCCCCCCGUGUGGGGGGAAGCCCUGGUACCCUGGGCCCAAGACAGGACACCUCGGGGCCCUAGGGUUUCUGCUGCAGGGGGCAGGGGAGGCUGAGGCUGGUCACCCUAGUCUUUGUCAAGUUGCCGAGACCCCUGGAGAAGCUUGGGGCAUGCCAGCUCAGGACCCACUAGGCCCUGAAGGCCACAGCUCCUUGUUGGGGCUGGGAGGUGCACGGGUCCUGCGUUGAGCCUGUGCGUUUGCGUGUCCAGGUGUAUGCUGCCUCCCUCCCCAAGGCCAAAACCUCAAUAAACUGCCCGCUUGGCA